UGCCACAUCAUUGGUGUCAGGGGGAGGAAUAGUGCCCCAUCGUUGGUGUCAGUGGGGGGAGGAAUAGUGCCCCAUCGUUGGUGUCAGUGGGGGGGAGGAAUACUGCCCCAUCGUUGGUGUCAGUGGGGGGGAGGAAUACUGCCCCAUCGUUGGUGUCAGUGGGGGGGAGGAAUACUGCCCCAUCGUUGGUGUCAGUGGGGGGGAGGAAUACUGCCCCAUCGUUGGUGUCAGUGGGGGGGAGGAAUACUGCCCCAUCGUUGGUGUCAGUGGGGGGGAGGAAUACUGCCCCAUCGU